UUUCUGGUUCAAAUUUGUCACAACCAUUUACACUUUCGUACGGACAUCAGGGACAAGGCGUCAAAAAAUAAUACAUUUCCUUCCAAAAAUUGGUUCUAUCUUCUCCGGCAUUUUUAUAAAAUUUGUUUAAAAAUUCAGUUUUUCUCGUUAAAAUUUUUCUUUUAUAAUCGAAUAUGCCCGUCUUCCGUAUGUUAUUCUGCCAACAGCAGUUGAAACGCGAUCUUUACGAGAGCUGGCUAAUCAUGUUUAUUGCGUUGUUUGUCCGCUGGAAUCGUUUCCGUCAACUGGUGGUGCCCCCGUUGGAUGGUCUGCGUUUACUAAGAGAUAGCUCUGAUUAUCGCCUGGCCGAGGUAUUAUUUGGCAUUGGCCUCUUGGCCUUUAUAUUGCCAUUCCGUUGCUAUUGGGUCCAGCGGUGUCAGCAUCGUGUCCAGCUUCUGAUGCUGGCUGCUGAGAUGGUGAUUCUGCUUCGCAUUAUCGAGUUCAAUGACAACGUUGUGUGGCAACCGUUUUUGGGCAUCUAUCGGGACAUGUUCGAGACGAUGGGACGUAAUGACUAUUGGUUCUAUCAAUAUGCACCGGGAAUGGCCAUCUGGUUGGUGAGUGGUCGUGCCUUCGAGUCCUUCCAGUUGCUCCUCUCCUUUGGCAUCUUCGUGGCUGGCAUUAAUAAUGCCGCCGAAGAAUGGAUGAGGACCGUGGAUCUAUUGUUGCUUGGUCAUGAGCCGGCAAUUCCAUGUCCAGCCUGGCGGAGACACUAUCGGGAGUUUCAGCGUCAAGAUAGAUGUGAUAAGAGAUAUCCGCCAAAGCCCUCACCGGAACACCUUAUGUAUCGACGUCUGUGCCAUGCCUGUAUCCAAGAAGCCGCCAAGCUUUAUGAUGAUUUCGAAGUCUAUAACGAUAUCGAGGAACCAAGCAGUGAGCCAGAUAUUCUGAAUGAAUCAAAUAUACCGCGAAAAGUCGAGGCAAAUCAAUAAUCCGGAAGCUGUAAAUGGUCCUUUCAAAUUCUUUUAAUUUCUUUUGAGUUACAUAAAAAAAAUUAUUUAUGAUGACGUUUGGAGUAAAGCAUUACUAAUUUCACUCAAAA